AUGUAUGAAUACUACUUUCAUACAAUGUCUUAUGGUGUAAAUUUUCUUUUAGCCAUAAAUAAGACACUGGAAGAACUUUGUGAAAAUUAUAAACUUCAACCUCAAGAAGAUUUAUAUAAAAAACAAGGAUCUGAUUUAGAAUUCGAUUCAAAUGAUUCACAUUCACCAUCAAGAGGCAUUUAA